AUGUCAGUUCCCAGUCAAAAAAUCAUGACUACGAGUUCUCAGGAAGAGAAAAAGCGACACAAAGUCCAAAGUGAAAGUACGCCUAUCGAGGAAGAAAACGAAACCUCAAGUCCUUCCAUUUAUGGCGUGGUAGCAGCUCACUCACUAUCAAAAGAUAUCAAGCAAAAGUCACUACAUUUGAUUAAAGUCAAAAGACGACACGGGGACUGGGGACAGUUCGAUUUGACGCAUGCGUGGUCACCGGAAGACCCGUCGAGUAACAUGGGAAGUCGGCAUGGUAGUGGACUGGCACGAGAAACAACAUUGGUUGAUGAUAAUUUGACUAUGGCUAGACCCUUUGUUAUGGAACCUCUGAGAACAUUUCAGGUUUGAUAAAACGCCCGUGUGUAAGGCCAACCCCUUUCCAAAAGAGGAUCCAGGGGGAGGGUUUGGGCAUCCGAACUCCCCCCUCCCCGCAACCCACUGCGACUUCCCCCCCCCCUCAACCCACUGCGACUUGUUUGUACUACUCGUCUGAAUUCAAAAUUCUUCCAACGACAGGAUCACACUAGAUUCUGUCUGUUAAGCUUUAGGCUUUCGUCUAUGCCUCGCUUACGGGUCCUCUAACAUAGCGUCUAACCAACGGAGUUCAAAACUGUUGUAAUCAUCUUGCGCAAAAAAGUAUCCUCUUCUAGGCCAGUACCUAGUUUAUAUACGAUUAACUCAAAUCCCUGAAGUCAUUGGCCCUUUACAUUGAGGUAGAGAGAACGAAGAUAGCUUUGUAUAAAACCUCAAUUAAAAUGAUGACCUUCUUACCCCUCCCUCCCCCCCCCCACCCCACUUACACCCUCCACUGCUGAAGUUUCAGAAUAGAUGAGCGGCAACUGAGAUUUCUCUCUGACUUGUUACUUGUGUCGUUAGUGAUUGAGUGUGUAUUUAAAAAACACGAAGGCAGCACAGUCUAAAAACGGAUGAAAACUGCCAGAAAAGAAGGCGCGCUGCUAACUUUUAACAGCAAUCUCCUUCCGCUUUCUCUCUGCUCUCAUGAACAUCCAGUUAGCCAAAUUAUUUAUGCAUCUAUGCCUUUUCGCUUCACACAGGAACACAGAGUCAUACCAAUCAUUCAACACGUUUUGGAAACAAACCUGGCUGAACAGAAAUACGACCCAGUCUUCUGCAAAGAUGUCACCGUUAAAAUAACUGAAGAGAUCAAGGAACGAGUAAAGAAACUGUGUUAUCCUCGAUACAAAUUCGUUUGUCACGUGAUUGUGGGUGACGUCAAUAAACAGGACGUAAGAGUUGUGAGCCGGUGCGCAUGGGACGCAGCGGUAGAUCGUUAUGCGCAGUCUGAAUAUCGAAGCUUUUAUCUGUACGCAGUAGGAAUUGUUUAUGGAAUUUACUGUGAAUAA